UCCGAUGUCCUCGUGCGCCACCAGAGCAAGAAGAGAAGUGCCCGUUUUCAGGAGUCACCAAAUGAAAGGGUUCUAUUUCGCCGACUGUUUGAGAUGCCGAAUAUGCUUUUAAACGAGCAGGCAGGAUACUUAUAGCCCACAGCCAGGGAAUUACUGUAAACCACGGGUGGAAGACGGACACUUAAGAACAACAAGGAUGUAAACAUUUGUUUUGUGAUUGUUCGUCUCUCUUAUUGACCGAGGAUGACGGUGACCUACUCAAACAAGGUCGCCAAUGCCACUUUUUUUGGGUUUCAUAGACUUCUAGUGCGAUGGAGAGGGAGUAUCUACAAACUGCUGUAUCGGGAGUUCCUCGUCUUUAUUCUUUUAUACACCCUCCUAAGUGUGACAUACAGGCUGGUCCUGACUGAAACCCAGAAGCGCUUAUUUGAGAAGUUAUCGUUAUACUGUGACAAAUAUGCAGAGCAGAUCCCUGUCACCUUCGUCCUUGGGUUCUAUGUGACACUGGUGGUGAACCGCUGGUGGAACCAGUUCCAGAACCUUCCGUGGCCGGACCGGCUGAUGUUCCUGAUCUCCAGCUGUGUGCAGGGCCAAGACGAGCAGGGCCGCAUGCUACGGCGAACUCUGAUGCGCUAUGUCAACCUCACCUCACUGCUCAUCUUCCGCUCCGUCAGCACGGCUGUCUGCAAACGCUUCCCCACCAUAGACCACGUGGUGGAGGCAGGGUUCAUGACGCCAGAGGAGAGGAAGCUGUUUGAGAACCUGCAGUCCCCACACCUAAAGUACUGGAUCCCCGUGGUGUGGUUCACCAACCUGGCCUCCAAGGCACGCAAGGAGGGACGCAUCACUGACAACGUGGACCUGCAACACAUCCUAGCUGAGAUGAACAAAUUCAGGACCUGGUGCUCUACACUGUUUGGCUACGACUGGGUGGGGAUUCCACUUGUUUACACCCAGGUAGUGACGUUGGCUGUGUACACCUUCUUCAUGGCCUGCUUGAUCGGACGGCAGUUUUUGGACCCGGAGAGGGGCUACCCAGGUCACGACCUUGAUCUCUACGUUCCCAUCUUCACUCUGCUGCAGUUCUUCUUCUACUCCGGGUGGCUCAAGGUGGCAGAGCAGCUCAUCAAUCCAUUUGGAGAAGAUGAUGAUGAUUUUGAGGCCAACUGGUGUAUUGACAGAAACCUGCAGGUGUCUCUGAUGGCCGUGGAUGAGAUGCACAUGAACCUGCCCCAAAUGACUAAGGACAUGUACUGGAACGAGGCUGACGUCAGGCCGCCCUACACGGUCGCCUCAGAAGACUACUGUAUCCCAUCCUUCCUAGGCUCCACCGCUGAUCUGGGGCUGUCUGAGAUCCUGCAGGCGGAGGAGGUGGAGACGCAUCAUGAUCCACGGCGGCAGGAGUCCGUGUUGGGUCGCGUGCGUCGCCUGCUGAGCGUGCAGGAGCCCCCCGACCUGAUGCAUGCACGCCCCUCCUUAAAGCGCCACAGCAGUGACAUCCCUAGCUUCUUCCCCUUCGUGCCUGACCACCGUGUCUACCCGGGGGUCCCCGAAGACAUCGCUGUACCCCACAAACCUCCCCUCCAUCCGGGUGUCCCCCCUCAUGCUCCCUCCCACGCUCACGUGGACACACUGGCCACCCUCCAGGAGGUCAACAGCGCCCCUUCGUCACCUGACACGAUGGUGCGGCCACCCCUCUUCCAGGACGUUCCCGAGGUAGUGAUCACCAUUCCGUCGCUGGGCAGUGACCAUAACAGCAGCACGGCUACCACUGCAUCGUUUGCGGAGGUCGAGACGAAGGACCUUCCGAAGGGCGGUGUUAGUGAUGCACCCACUUACUCUAUUCCAGGGGAGGCCAUGAAGCCUGGGUCUCAAGUAGAAGGCAAUCCCAGCAAGGAGGCCUCAGAGGUGGACGACGUGGCUGCUUGCUACACCCCCACUGACAUGGGGCCCCGGAGGUUCCGCUGGACCUCUCCAACAGAGCGCAUGCGGAAGCGGCAGCUGUCCUUCCAGCUCUCCCGCACCGGGUCCCGGAGCUCGCUCCACGGCGUUCCCCGCACUCCCAGUCCUCGGCUCUCGGGCAGGCGCAGGGCCCAGCACGUCGGAACGCCGUCCCAGUCACCCCUGGGGAGCCCUCAGCAGGAGGAGAACCCCAUAGUCCCCCACACGGACACCUCCGGGUCACAGGGGUUAAAGGGCACCGACACAGCACAGAGAGAACACCAGAACAACAGCAAGAGCAUUUAAAAUCUUCACAAUCGACAUUUUCCCUGGACUGUUUUAACUGGUAUAUUUCUUCAAUGAAUUCUCAGGCAGUUUGAACCACUUUUGUGAACUGACUUUAUAUCAGUAGAGGAUAUUGAAAGCAGGCGUUAUGACUGUGCACAAAGCCUCUGAUCAUUAUGUCAUGUGGAGUUGGUUGCUGCUGUUUCUACACGAUAUUACUAAAAGUACUCGCUAACCUGCCUUGACUGCCAUCCCAUUUCUAACACAAAGGGUUCAAUAUGAGAUUGGUUGACCUUUUGGUGCAAUUACAAUUCAGUUCAUCUGGGAUGGCUGUCCACAAGGUUGAGGAGUGUGUUUAUAGCAAUUUCUGAUCAUUCUUCCAAAAGUGCAAUGGUGAGGUCACACACUGAUGUUGGUUAAGAAGGCCUGGCCAUCAGUCUCCGCUCUUAUUCAACCCAAAGGUGUUCUAUUGGGUUGAGGUUAGGACUCUGCAGGCCAGUCAAGUUCAUCUACACCAUCCUGUAUCAUCCAUGUCUUUAUGGACUUUGCAAAUGGUGGACCAGUAUCAUACCCUUUGGGUCAGGAACUGAAUGGCAGUUAAGUUCAUGUGGGAGUCAAGGGAGAUUAGCGAAUAGUUUUGGUAAUAUUGUGCAGUGGUUUUCAAAGUGGGGGGCAGGGACCCCCUGGGGGAGUUUUGGAAGAAAAUGUAUAGCAAAAUGAAAUACAGUUAAUGUACACCAAAGUAAACAAAAAUAAGUUAAACAAUAUUCCUGUUAGUUACGAACUGCUUUACAAUAAUCUAUUGUAUCUCUGAACAUACUAUAUUGCUCACAUUUUAUAUCCCAAUGGGGCACUGACACAGAGACAUAGACUAUGGUUGUGAAAGGGGAUGCACAGGAAAAAAUGUGUGGCAUGACCUAUGUAAGAGGGGCCUUGGCUGGUAUCUACUGGUAUUAUACCAGUGGUAUAUGGGCUUGUCAUGGUAAAGUUUGGGACCCCCUGAUAUGCCCUUUGGCAUCUUCAAUGUUUGGUUCAAACCCCACCCCUGGUCAGGUGAAUGACUUUGGCCCCUGUGAUCAAAACUCUUUGUGUGAGAUUGUCUUUUUAUUACUAAGUUAAAAGUUGCAGUUCUUAAGGGGGUAUUACUAUAAAGAAGAAUGCAUCUUUUAGCCCAGUUUUGUUCCCAAAGGAUUACUGUUACCGCCUGCAUUUGUGGUCAGACUUGCUCUCAGUUUCGGACACUUUCGAGGGCCGACAACCUUUGAAUUAUGGUCACGCUGAAUAUCAUUUUUUUUAAUUGGUGGGAGAGUCCAUCAUGACUUUUGGGUCACGGUAGUGGAUAAGAACUUCUGACAGGUUCAUCAUAGGCUACUCACUUCCACUGAUACAUGUACACUUUUGCAUACUUUACCGGCUAUUUAUUACAUUAUGUAUCGUUUUGUAUUGUUUUCCUUUGUGCAAUGAUGGUCAACAACAUAUGGGUCAAUUUUCUCCAAUCAUUUUUCCACAUACAGAUGCAGUAGUAGUAAAAUGUAACUUAUAAACGUAUAGUCUGUCUUGUUUGUCUUCAGCUUUGGCUCGUUCCAUCUCAGCUCUGUGAAUUAUUGGGGGAAUAAAAUCCAAAUCAAAAGGGAAAGGGAUAAUUGGAGCCACGGGACCUUAAAGAAAGAGUGGGCAAAAUAAGGCCCAGGAGCCAAAUGCGUCCCUCUGCUGUUUUUCAUGUACACUAUCUUUUAAAAAAAGAAAUGGCCAGUUAUAUUCACCUUACAUUAAGCUUUAUAUCCGUUGCACAGCGAUCGUUUCAGAACGUGUGUCUUAUAUUAUUAAUGGCUCCUUCAUCACACAGUGUAGCACGAGACAGCCUACAGAGUUUCUCAGGCUUGGAAAGAAAUGCUUUGCUGUUUUUGCACUUCAAGGUGUUUCGAAAUAGGGGCUCUUCCUUAUGCACCGGCUCCUUGGAAACUCCAGUUUUCAGUGUGCCACUUGCUAACAGAGAAGUUUGGUCACCCCUGAAUUACACAUUGCCUUCUACUGUCCUCUAGUGUUGGGGAUUGCCUCCUACAGUAAUUGGUAGCAGUGCUCAGUUACUGUCUGCCCACGCUCCCAGUCCAUAUAAUAAUAACUCUGGCAUGAUGAUUUGACCGUUUGUCACGUUUCUACUGGCUGUGUCUGUGUUGAAGCUAUGUAGUAGCAUAUUAAAAACUUCAAUGUGACAAAAGAAGUUUUUGAUGAUUGGUCAAUAAAAUGAAA